CUACUCCUAACACCAAGUGGCAACCUAAUAUCCGGGAAUAAUAUGGCGAUCCGAAACAACUCUGAUGAUAGACAGAGAAUUUAACACUGCUGGAAAAUUGAUUCAUACGCUAUUAAUUUGAGACGGACGCACGAAUUAAGCAUAAGCAUAAGAGAGAUAGACCCAACUUCCACGAAAGAGUAAAAUGAAUAAUGAUGCAAAAAAUUAUGAUUGCGAUGACUUGAAUGUGCGCUCAUCGGCGUAUUUGAACAAAAAAUCAACUACAAAUACAGCUGCAGCUGCAGCAGCAGCAAAAGCAACAGCAGUGACCAGCAGCAACAACAACAACAACAGGAGCACUUUAACAGUCGCCACAGAUACAGCUGCAUCUGCAUCUCCUGUAACCAGCAAAACUACCCCAACAACAACAGCUACAAGCAACAAAAAUAACCAGAAGCCGAGUAGACAGUUUACCCAUAACUUGCCACGCAUCUCGACGGCAAGGAACUCCAUAGCCGCUGCAAUACUCGCCAGCAACAAGGGCGUCGGCAGUGGCAGUGCCAGGAAGAUAGCAAAGCAUGAGAAUCUGUCGGCAGAAGGAUUAAAACCCAUACCAGCUACAACCAGCACCACCACCACCUUCAAUUCCAACUCUAAGGCUCCCUCCUCCAGUUUUGUGGCAGAGCUGAGUCAACUGAAGAAGAAGACAUCAGCCGCUGCCACAGCCAAAACCGGUGGUGCCGCCUCAGUCAGUGCCUCAACAGCAGGCAGACUUAAAGUUAACAACAAUUCAGCCACUGCCAAUACUAACAACAACGGCAAAACAAUGUCCGGUACAACAAGCAGCAGCAGCACUCCCACGCCCUCGCCCGCAUCGGCGACGGCCACCUCAACAACCACAACAACAACGAAUGCCGGCAGCUGUGCCACAAGCAGCAGCGGCAGCGGGAACGGGAAUGCCGCCAGCAGUAGUACGGUCAUUGCGAACCAUCCCGUAUCCGUAACUGCCGCCGGUAGUGCAGCAAAGUUUCGUGCUGCCGUUGCCUCAGCGCCCGGAACAUCGCCCGCUGCCGCAGCAACAUCCAAUGCCAAUGCCAACGCACCCACGUCCAGCAGCAGCACCAGCUCGAAGAAGACUCGAGCUGCGGUCGCCGCUCUGAAGCGACAGGUGGCCAUGCAACAGCAGCAGAGCGCAGCCUCGCCCGCCAACAACAAUGCCGUCGGACUGCCCGGAAGCAAGGAUUCAGCGCAUUUAAAAUUCGCCGCAACCUCUUUGCUGAUGGGAGCCGCCGCCGCUGCCGUCGAUAGCAACGCUGGCGCUGCUACCGCCGCCGGGGCAAUGAGCAUGGCCCUUAAUCCUGCCGUCGAUGUGGCCAAUGCGGCCGCGGUGCUGAAGCAGAAGCUAAAGGAUGCCGCCGCAGCUGCCUCAGCGUCUGCGUCCGCCUCAAACCGAUCUGCCUCGUCCUCGAACGCCUCGUCGCUCUCCUCAUCGGUGGGAAUCGUAAACGCCAUUUCAUCGGCGUUGCAGACUAUCAUGACACCCGAUACGGACACCGAUACCGAGCUUUAUCACCAGCCCGUCACCACAGAUCUAUCCGAGUCCGAGGAGGAGUCUGUAUCAGAGAUCCUAUUGGCAUUCUUGUGUUUAAGGCCAGAUCUCCUGGACGAUAUACCCGAGUCUGAUCCGGACAGUUGCCCCCACGAAGGUGAGGUGCGCGAGGAUGAGGAUGAGACGGAGGAAGAGUCGGAGGAUUCCGAGGAGUCCGAUGGUGACGAUGAGGAGGACGAGGAAGAGAUUGAUGUCCUUCAGGACAACGAUGCAGAUGAUGAGGAAAUCGAUGACGAAGACGAGGAGGAGGAUGCGCCAGAAGUAAGUCCCUUCCUGCUGGACGCGAACAACAAGCGUUCGAGUAAAAUCACCGCCCUGCUCGAGGCUGCGGCCAAUGAGAAAGCGCCCGUCCUGCGACACGCCACAUACGCCAUCGAUGAGACCAAGCAGGCGCUGACCAAGAUGCGUUGUGCCAACAGUCCACGCGACAAGAACAGUGGUUUCUCCCGCUCCCUUGUAGCCGCCUGCACGGACAAUGACGUGAACACGGUGAAGCGAUUGCUUUGCAAGGGCAAUGUGAAUCUUAACGAUGCCGCCGCCUCCACCGACGAUGGCGAGUCCCUGCUUUCGAUGGCCUGCUCGGCGGGCUAUUAUGAAUUGGCACAGGUACUUCUGGCCAUGUCCGCGGCGCAAGUGGAGGACAAAGGCCAAAAGGACUCAACACCACUAAUGGAAGCCGCAUCAGCCGGUCACUUGGACAUUGUCAACCUGCUGCUCAGUCACAACGCCGAUGUGAACGCCCACUGCGCCACCGGCAAUACACCACUGAUGUUUGCAUGCGCAGGCGGUCAGGUGGAGGUUGUCAGGGUACUCUUGAAGCAUGGCGCAAAUGUGGAGGAGCAGAACGAAAACGGACAUACGCCGCUCAUGGAAGCGGCAUCAGCGGGCCACGUGGAAGUAGCAAAGGUGCUACUGGACCAUGGAGCCGGCAUUAACACCCACUCGAACGAGUUCAAGGAGAGUGCCCUCACCCUGGCCUGCUACAAGGGCCACCUGGAUAUGGUGCGUUUCCUGUUGCAAGCCGGUGCCGAUCAGGAGCAUAAAACCGAUGAAAUGCAUACAGCUCUGAUGGAGGCAUCGAUGGACGGCCAUGUUGAGGUGGCGCGCCUGCUACUCGACUCGGGGGCCCAGGUGAAUAUGCCAACCGAUUCGUUUGAGUCGCCCCUAACACUGGCCGCCUGUGGCGGUCACGUGGAGUUGGCCACGCUGUUGAUUGAGCGUGGGGCUAACAUUGAGGAGGUCAACGAUGAGGGCUACACACCGCUGAUGGAGGCUGCACGGGAGGGGCAUGAGGAAAUGGUCGCUCUGCUGCUUAGCAAGGGCGCAAAUAUCAAUGCCACCACCGAGGAGACCCAGGAAACGGCCCUAACUCUGGCCUGUUGCGGUGGCUUCAGCGAGGUCGCUGCAUUCCUCAUCAAGGAGGGCGCCAAUCUAGAGCUGGGCGCCUCAACGCCCCUGAUGGAGGCCUCACAGGAGGGUCACACGGAUCUGGUGCGGUUCCUGCUGAAGAACAAGGCCAAUGUGCAUGCCGAGACUCAGACCGGCGACACGGCGCUCACUCAUGCCUGCGAGAAUGGACACACCGAUGCGGCCGGUGUGCUCCUUUCGUAUGGCGCCGAGCUGGAGCACGAGUCUGAGGGCGGUCGCACACCCCUGAUGAAGGCCUGCCGUGCGGGUCAUUUGUGCACCGUGAAGUUCCUCAUCCAGAAGGGCGCCAAUGUCAACAAACAGACGACCAGCAAUGAUCACACACCGCUCUCGCUGGCCUGUGCCGGCGGCCAUCAGUCGGUGGUGGAGCUGUUGCUCAAGAACAAUGCCGAUCCCUUCCACAAGCUGAAGGACAACAGCACCAUGCUGAUCGAGGCCUCCAAAGGUGGCCAUACGCGUGUCGUCGAGUUGCUCUUCCGCUAUCCCAACAUCUCGCCCACAGAGCUGGCGGCGGCCUCAAGCGCGGGCCAGGCACAGGCUGCUGCAGCCGCUGCCGCCGCCGCAGCCGCAGCUGCGGGCACCAAUCAGAUGCGAUUGCAGCAGCAGAAGAUCCUCCAGCAGCAGUUGCAUCACCAGUUACAGCAGCUGAAUGCACCGCCCGGUCUCCCCGAGCUGUCCGAAGCGGCUCGCGCCUCUAACCAGCAGCUAUUCCACCAGCAGCAGUUCAAUACCGCCGGUAAUGGUUCGAACAUUGUUGCCCUUGGCACCGGCGACUUCUUGGAUGCUGGCGAACUGCAACUGACGGCAGCAGCUGCAGCUGCCAGUGCCACUGGCAGCGAGGCAGGGGCCGAGGAAUACGGUAGCGUCGCUGGUGGCGUCGGUGGCAUCGAUCUGACCACCCUGGGAGCCCAGCAACAGGAGGGACUCAUUGCCAAGUCGCGACUGUUUCAUCUGCAGCCAGGCUUUGAGCAACAGCAGCAGCAGCAUCAACAGCAGCAGCAGCAGCCAGCGGCAGGGCAGAAUCAGCAGCUUGUGCCGUGCAAGCAUUUCGAUUUGGAUAUGGAGCACAUAAAUUCGCUGCAGCCGCCACAGAAGGCACCGCCAGCGCCGCCCGUGCUGUUCCAUACGAUUUGCCAACAGCCCGUGCUGCAUAUGCAGCAGCAACACGGGGAACUGCAGCAACAGCAGCAGCACCAGCUACAACUCCAUGCCCAGUCAAAGCUAAAGGGAGGCACACUGCCCAGGAACCGUCCGCUCAAGAGCGAAGUGUUGGGCAUCAUCGAGUGUCCGCUGGAUCAUUUGAACGAACAGGUGCGAUCCCAGCCGUUGGGCGAAGAUGGUGGCAAAUCCCAGCAGCCGCAGUUCUCAUGCACUGGUGAGGAUCCACGCUUGCAGCGGCGUCGGGGCUUUAUGCCGGACCUCAAGAAGGGAGAUCUGCCGCCAAGUGAUGGCGGAAGUGACACCAACGAGCAGCAGCCCAUGAAAGGAGGAGGCGAAAACAAUCAACAGCAGCAGCCCGCACAGACGACGACUACGAUGACAGCAUCAAUGGACAACAGUGGUGUUGCUGGAUCCUGUUCGCAUCCCAUAUAUCCACCGCGACCUGGUGGUCCCAUUACUCAGAUUUCCGAUGUUCUCCAGAGCACAGCCAUCAGCGAUAGGCCAAAGGUAAAGGCCACCAACAAGAACAACCGAAAGCAGGCAGCCGCCGCGGCAGCAGCAGCCGCAGCAGCAGCAGCCGCCGCCGCAGCAGUGGCCGCCCAGCAUGCGCUACCCAAUCUCCAGCAGAAUCAAAUGGUGUCCAUCUACAACAACUUGCAAAUGCAGCAGACGCAUCUUCAAUUGCAGCAGCAUCUGCAGUUGCAUCAUCAGCGUGUGGCUUUGGACAAUGCCGCCGCUGCAGCAGCAGCCGUGGCAAAUAAUCCAAAUCUGUAUACCAAUUCCCCGGCCUCACCGCUGGCCUCGCCCACAGGAGGUGCCGGCAACUAUCCCGAGCAACAGGCAACGCAACAGCAGCAGCAGCAGCAGCAUCCAGGCGGAGGAGCAAGCAUGGAUGCAGCCAUGCAGCGAAAGACAGCCAUGGAGGACUUUCGUGGUCUGCUGGAGACAGCUGUGAAUGGAUCGAGGGGCAGGAAUGAAUUGGCCAUGACAGCGCCACCGUUGAACUUCUUCAAGGAUGGCUGGCACAUGGUGGGAGUGCACAAUUUCUUUGGCGAUCAGCCAAAGUCUCCCACCGAAACGCCGCCCGAGAUGGAGGAGACGACCAUGUCGCCGCCGCAAUCAUCAUCAUCGGAGCAGCACCACCAGCAGCAGCAACAACAGCAACACCAGGAGGAGCCGCCGCGUCCCGAAAUGAAGAAUCUGGCCACGCUCUGCUCGGCAGCAGCAGCUGCCGCCGCUGUGGCAGCAGCCCACAAGAAUCAGGGUGACUCAAUCAGUUCGGAGAUGGACAGUGAUGAGGAUGAUGCCAUGGGCGAUGAGAAUACAAUGCCGCCAGAGCCAAUGGAUUUGGCUGAAGCACUCCGCGAGGAUGGCAUUAUAUUGGUGGAGGCCGAUGAGGAGGAGGAGGAAGAGGAUGAGCCCGAGGACAGCAAUAGCGGGGAGAUUGAGAAGUUAACCUACGAGGAGGACGACGACGAAGAUGAAGAAGAUGAUGAGGAGGAUGAUGAUGCGGAUAUGGAUCCAGAUGGAGAUGGAGAAGUGGAUUACAUUGAUGAUGACGAGGGCCCUGCCGACGAGGAGGACGAAGACGAGGACGAUGAUGAGUUCUUUCUGGAUGUGCCCGUUAAUGAAAACACUGCAAAUAUCAAUAAUAACAACAACAAUAAUAACAACAACAAUUCGAAGAGCGGCGGAGGCAGCAGCAGCGUUGGUAGUGCUGCCGGAUGCGGUUCAUUGCCACUAAAGCAACGAAAAAUGGCCACUCGAUUGGAGAAUCUGAUUUUAACCAAACCAGAGAUCUUCCAGCAGACGCUGUGCGAUUUUCGUCAGGAUAUGACCAACUCGGAUCUGGUCCAUGUCCUGCCACAGAUCAGCAAUCUCAAGGCGGCCGCUGCCAACAAUGCGGCAUUGAACAGUGUUCUGCACCAGCAACUGGCAGCAGCCACAGCCGCGGCACAGGCCAAGGCAGCAGCAGCCCACCAGCAUCAACAUCAGCAUCAAAAGCAACAGCAACAGCAGCAGCUGCACCACCAGCAUCACCAUGGAGCAGAUGGCGAACAGCAUUGCGAUGACGAAGGAUGCGCUGGAUCCAGUGAUCUGUACACGGGAUUGGAGCAGUUUGCCAACGAUGGUGAAAUGGAGGACAUAUUCCAGGAGCUGGCCAGCAGCUUGAACUACCCAGAGUUGGCCGAAUUCAGCCUGAAUCAGAUGUGCAAGGGCAGAUUUGCGGGCCAAUGGGCGGCACAGUCGUCGGGCAAGUGGACAACGGGACAGGAUGGACAGCUUGUGGGUGUGGUACGCACUGGGGAUGGGAUGCCGCAGGAUGCUGCAGCUGCACAGCGCCAGGGGAAUCUUGUUGUAUUGGAUUAUCCGAUGCAGCAGAAUAUACUGGAGGCCGAAGAGCAUAUGCAUAUGCAGCAACACCAGCAAACACCUUUGUCGCUGCUGCCAUUUGCCGCGGAUGAUCAGCAACAGCAGCAGCAGCAGCAGCUACAUCCAGCCGCUGCCGCCGAGUUCCACCAGCAGCAACAGCUCGCCCUUGAGGCCGAUCCCGAACUGAAGCAGCAGAUGCAGCAAUACUCGAAUGCGCGCAUCAUCAAGACAGUCGCUGGCCAGCAGCAACAGCAGCCGGCCACGAACUUUGUCUACAAUGUGGAGAGCGGGGACAAGAAUGUACCGCCCGUGCAACUGCUCUUCCAGCUGCCACCAAACAUGUCUCAGGGAGUGGGCGGCGAGCAAGCCGGCGAUCAUCAGUUGCUUGUCGAGCAGCAGGCGCAUCUCUUCCAGCAGCAACAGCAGCAGCAGCAUCGGGCAGCCGGACAGCGUCCACCCACACAGAGUGAACUGGAGCAGGUGGCCCAGGAACUGUUGCUGCAGCGACAGACAGCAACUCCAAGUGGUGUCCAGCAGCAGCAGCAAACAUUGCCACUCAAGCAAAAGCACUUUAAUCUGCAAGAACAGGUGCAUCUGCAUCAGCCAUCGAACAUGCAGGCGCCCACAUGUGUCCAGCAUCAGGUGGGUACGCAGACGCAUCCUGCCUCGGUGAUGGUACCCCAAGCCGCCGUCGGACAGUAUACGCAGUUUGCCCUGCAACCGCCUCAGCAGCAACAGCAGCAGCAGCAACAACUGCAGCCCGGACAAGCACAGAAUGAGCUAUCCAUUUGGCCCAUGGCCACACCUACACCGACACCAAGCACUGGAGGAGGCAAGUCAAUGCCGGGAGGCAUUGCCAAGAAGGCAAUUGACAAGCAAUCGCGCAAGGAUCGACGAUGCUCCACCUUCCGUCAAACGCCAGCAGGCAGUCAAGUGAAUACCAAUCAGCAUCAACAGCCAGCAGCAGCAGCGGCCGCGGCUGCCCAACAGCAGGCACAGCUGCAGAAUCAGUUGGCUGUGGCUGCUGCAGCCACUGCGAGCGUGGAUAAAACUAUCGAGAUUGAUUCCGAGACAGAGUCCAACCAUGACACAGCGCUCACACUUGCCUGUGCCGGCGGCCAUGAGGAGUUGGUCGAACUGCUGAUCAAUCGUAAUGCAAAUAUCGAGCAUCGGGACAAGAAGGGAUUUACACCGCUCAUUCUGGCCGCCACGGCUGGCCACGAGAAGGUCGUGGACAUAUUGCUGAAGCAUAGCGCCGAGCUGGAGGCACAGUCUGAGCGCACCAAGGACACACCGCUGUCGCUCGCUUGCUCGGGCGGCAGGUACGAGGUCGUCGAACUGCUGCUGAGUGUCGGAGCCAACAAGGAGCAUCGCAAUGUGUCCGACUACACGCCGCUCAGCCUGGCAGCCAGCGGGGGAUAUGUGAAUAUCAUCAAGCUGCUACUCAAUCAUGGGGCAGAGAUCAACUCGCGCACCGGCAGCAAGCUGGGCAUCUCCCCGCUCAUGCUGGCCGCCAUGAAUGGCCACACGGCGGCGGUGAAGCUGCUGCUGGAUCAGGGCUCCGAUAUCAAUGCUCAAAUCGAGACGAAUCGCAAUACGGCCCUAACGCUGGCCUGUUUCCAGGGCCGGCAUGAGGUCGUCAGCCUGCUGCUCGAUCGACGUGCCAAUGUGGAGCAUCGAGCAAAGACCGGCUUAACGCCGCUAAUGGAGGCCGCAUCUGGGGGAUACAUUGAGGUGGGGCGCGUGCUGCUCGACAAGGGAGCGGAUGUGAAUGCAGCGCCCGUGCCCACGUCCAGGGAUACGGCACUGACCAUUGCCGCCGACAAGGGACAUCAGAAGUUUGUGGAGUUGCUGUUGUCGCGUGGGGCCAGUGUUGAGGUAAAGAACAAGAAGGGUAACUCCCCCCUCUGGCUGGCGGCCCACGGGGGGCACUUGAGUGUUGUCGAGCUUUUGUACGAUCAUAAUGCGGACAUUGAUUCCCAGGAUAAUCGGCGUGUGUCCUGCUUGAUGGCCGCCUUCCGCAAGGGCCACACCAAGAUUGUCAAGUGGAUGGUGCAGUAUGUGUCUCAGUUCCCCUCGGACCAGGAGAUGAUACGCUUCAUUGGCACCAUCAGUGACAAGGAGCUGAUCGACAAGUGCUACGACUGCAUGAAGAUCCUGCGCAGUGCGAAGGAGGCGCAGGCCGUCAAGGCCAACAAGAACGCCUCCAUUCUGCUCGAAGAGCUCGAUUUGGAGCGCACACGCGAGGAGAGCCGCAAGGCCGCAGCCGCCAGGCGUCGCGAGCGCAAGAAGAAAAAGAAGAUGGAGAAGAAGGAGGAGAAGCGCAGACAGCAGCAGGGUGGCCGUGGUGGUGGUGGUGACCAGCAGGGCGAUGACGAUGAUGCCAGUGACAAGGACGAUGAUUCCGACAAGGAUGAAGACGAUGAAGAGGUUGGACCUGGUGCAAGGGCCGGUGGUGGCUCAGGGGCACGUGAAGAGGGUGACUCUGGCAUUGAUCAGGGCUCCUGCUCCAGUGGUGACACCAAAACCACGGCCAACAGAACAGCAGCAGCUGCCACAACAGCUUCAUCUACGGCCGAAGCCGGCAACAGCCAACAGAUGAAGAAAAGCAAGAAGCAGCCAAAGAGUAAGAGCACCGCAGCAACUUCUUCUGUUGACUCAUCAUCGCCUAGCACAGCAGCAGCUCCCACUUUAACACCCGCAGCACUUCCUUCUGCCACAGCUGCACCCACGCCAGCAGCGUCAGCACCCGCAACCGUAUACAAGAGCAGCCUCUUGAUGAAGAAAAACCCUAUUACAGAGAGUGUUAGGCUGCCGGCUACACCGGUGCAGGCUCAGGCUCAGGCAACGCCAGUCCAAGCAGCUCCCGUGAAGCGUCAGGUGGAGGUUGCCAAGAAGGAGGAGGCGCCACUGAAGAAGAAGGAGACCAACAGCAUUAGCAGCUCCGCCGCCAACAACAAACGCGAGAAGGAGAAUCUCGCACCCAAGGAGUCAACGAGCCAACAGCAGACGGCAACAAAGCAACAGCAAAAUCAAUCCACAAGCAGCGGUGCUGCAUCCAAGCUGCAGAGUAGCGAAUCAUCCACCAAUAUAGCCAGCAGCAACCGCAAAGAGGUUGCCACAAAGCCAUUGAUAUCCGCCACAAGCGGAGCGAGUGCCAGCCUGAAUCCUGUGAAGCGCAGCGAAGUGGACGGCUGGAAGGAAGUUGUCCGCAAGAGCAGCGCACAGCAGGUGGCAGGCGGUGCACCAGUGACAGUGGCGGUUGCCAGUUCGGCCACCAGCCUUCAUGGCGGUGCCCAUCAUGUGCACGUGGCCAACAGCUCGACAAGCGUUGGCUCCCUGACAACCAUAACGACAUCGAUAGCCCCCGAGAUGACCUGCAAGAAGGUUCAGGUGCCGGUGAAUGCCAUUUCCCGUGUGAUUGGCCGCGGUGGAAGCAACAUCAAUGCCAUACGCGCCACCACCGGUGCCCAUAUCGAGGUGGAGAAGCAGGGCAAGAACCAGUCGGAGCGUUGCAUUACGAUCAAGGGACUGACGGAUGCCACCAAGCAGGCGCACAUGCUCAUCCUGGCCCUGAUCAAGGAUCCCGACGUGGACAUCCUGCAAAUGUUGCCACGCAUUAAUAGCAGCAUCAAGGCAGCCGCCACAGCAGGAACAGCAGCAGGGGCUGCAGCAGCCCCCAUGACUGUCGGCACUUGGGAUAAUCGUACGGCUGCCGGUGUUUCGGCCAGUACCUUCUCCUCAGCGGCAUCCACCACAUCCACGUCGUCCAGCUCAUCGGCCAGCUCCACCACAGCGACGGGCGCCGCCUACAGCAGUGCACACAAGCAGCAGCAGCCGCCAUCGAAGGUGCAGAGUGGACGCGUCUCUUCAUCCGCCAAAGCGAAUGGCGGUGGAAGCAAGACUUCCUCCUCGCUCUCGACCUCCAGCUCUGGCUCACGCGGACAGAACGGCCGAGGCGGAUAUGCCGGACAGCAGGCGCCAUCUAGCCGUGGUGGAGGUGGUUCAUCCUCCAAUGGUGUGCUCUCCAAGAGCAGCAAGGAGAGUUCCUCGGCCAAAUCAGCUCUGCCAGCAGGCACACAGAAGAACAGCAGCAGCUCCUCUGCUGCCGUCGCUGCUGCCGCUGCUGGCACAGCUGCUGCAGCAAAGCCUUCAUCUACUUUGACGGCCCAAAACUUUGCCAAGGCAGCGGCUAUUGCCGCCCAAUCAUCACCCAAGAAGGUGGACACUGGAGCGACAACGGCGGGUACUGGAUCGGUGAUUACAUCCACUGGCGGGCGCAGCAGUGGUGUGGUGGCUCCCUUCGGUCGUGGAAAACCCGUGACUGGGGCCACCGGAGCAAACGUUUCGCAGCUGGGAAGCGCCGCAGCUAGCAACAUAUUGGCUGGACCAAUUGGCACCUUCAACGUGGCAGAUGUGGCGGCCGUGAAUGCCGCCGCUGCAGUGGCGGCCGCUGGAACGGUUGGAACCACAGUCAACAAUAACAAUAACAGCAACAGUAGCAACAGCAGCAACAAUAGUAGCAGCAGCAGCGGAAGCAGCAGCAAUGUGAAACCCAUUGGCCCGCCCAAUAAGAGGAUCGGCUCACCCACACAGCAGCAGCAGCAGCAACAACAGCAGCCACAGCCGCAACCCCAGGCAACUGUUUCAAAACCAUCAGCAGUUCCUGGACCGCAGCAGCCACACCCACAGCAGCAGCAAUCGCCACAGCAACAACAGCAGCAACAGGGGACAGCAUCCCAACAGAAUCUGAUAAUCAACACCAACAUGCUGAUGGCCGAUCUGAUGGCCGCCAACACAGCAAGCGAUAGCUUCAGUGCACAGCUGGCUGCCAAGCUCUCGAGUGCCUACUCGCUGUUCAGUGACUAUCAGACCUCUCAGUGGGGUAAACUGGAUCAAGGGACAGCCGGUGGGGCUGUGGGGGAUGGACUGCCACAAGCCGAUGCCUCCAAGGCGCCUGGCUACAACAGGAAUAUACUGAGCUCUCCCGUUGGCAGCUCAAAGGCCUCGUCGAAUCAUUCGACCUCGCCACCGGUGGGCAAUGUGAUUCAGCAGAACCAGCAACAGCAGCCGCAGCCCGGACAGGGACAGGGACAGCAACAACAGCAGCAGCAGCAGCAGAGCGUGCAGCAGGCAUUGAACAUAAUAACCAGUGGAGCGCCAUCCACAGCGCCAGCUAGGUCGCCGUUGGUGGCAGCCGGCGAGGGAAAUCCCUCGAGCGUUGGACCUGCGAUUAAUGGCGAGGCGGCAGCCAGUGCCGCGCACUCACCGGGAGUGAUCAAGCCGCCGCCGGGCACUGUUCCAAUCCAGAGACAUGUCCCCAUGCAGAUCUCUGCCACGGAAGCUCCGCCCGCUGCGGGUGGACUCUCUUUCGGUGCCAUUGGCUCGAAUGCUGCGGCUGCCGCAGUUGCAGCCAUGAUUGAUCGACAACAGCAGAAUCUGCAGAGACUGAUCUACGACAAGGUGGGCGCCUCCCAGCAGCAGCAGCAGCAACAGCAACAGCAGCAGCAACAACAACAGCAGCAGCCGCUCAACUAUCCCAUGGAUCCCUCAGCCUCACACUACAUUGUGGACAGCAACAAUAUGCUGCGUCUGCCGCGCACAUCCGUCUUCCCGCAGGCCAACAAGCCGCAGCAGGUCGCACCCAGUGUCGGUGGUGGCGGUAUGAAUCAGCAGCCAAUCAAUCAAGGUGCCGGUCAACAGUCAAAUAUGUUUGGCAAUCAGAUCCGUCAACCACCGGGUUCGGCACGCCAGCCCGGCGGUCCGUCAGCCACCGCUGCGCCACAGCGCUGGUAUGGUGGAGCUCUGGAGUAUCCACCGUAUUCGGGACGUGACAUGCUGCAUCUGGAGAACGGAGGAGCCAUGGCUGGACUGGGCUCGCCCUCUGCCAUGUCACCAAACCACGAUGACAUACGCAAGAUGCCGCGACCAAUCGGCACCGAGCGGGCCGCCUCCUGGAAGUUCAACAACUUCAAUGUGGCCGCAUCUGCACUGAGCAUGGACGAUGUACUGCCGCCGUGGGCGCACGAGCCCAAGGCUCAGCCGCCGGGCCUACAACAGCCGCCGCCACCGCAGACACAGCAGCAGCAGCCGCCCAAUUGGUUGAAGCAACAGCAGCAGCAGCAACAACAACAACAGCAGCAGCAGCAGCAGCAACCACAGCAGUACAGGCCCUACAACAACGGACCAUAUCCGCAGCAGCAGCACGAGCAGAUGAAUAUGCCAAUGGACUACCACAACAUGCAGGCGCCACCGAAUAUGGGUCAACAGCAGCAACAGCACCAUAUGAACUUGAUGCAAUCCUAUGGCUUCCAGCAUUUCGCUGGGGCCCCUGGAGCUGCUGAUAUUGCGGCACAUAUGCCAGACAAGAUGGAAGUGUGGGAUCACCACGAUAAACAUAUGCCCUGGACUAACUACACUACCAAUUGGUCGAACUGAUGUCUGGGGGAUCUUCAGCAGGAGGAUCUCUUCGAUAUCUGUCGUUCAACCAAGUGAAACGAACAGCUAUGAGUGAGAAAUAUCCUAACAAUGAAAGGAUGAAACAACAGCAGAAACAGCAACAGAGUAGCGGCAACAUCUACCUGAUAUUUCAAACAAAAUGCAAAGCAAAGCAAGAUAAUAUUUAUUGAAUUUCCAACGUUUUCCACAUGCGGAUCCACUGCUUCAAACACACAUUCAUUCAACAUUCAACGGAUCAAUCGUGCCACGUCCUAAUUCAAUCAAACAACAACCACCACAAGAACUCCAACAGAGACUAGGGAUCUGAAUUUGGCUUUGUUAAUUCUUGGUUUUUUUUUCGAUUUUAAAUUGUUUUUUUUUUUUGCAGUUUCCGGCCAGUAAUUAAACUUGCAGGCAGAGAAAAAGAAAGAUAGAAAAGCAAACUGUUGCGCAUAAGUGAAAAGAAAGAAAGGAAAAUACUAUUCGAUAAAAAUGACACCCAAAAUGGAUGGUACCUUUUGGGUGCAGUAUACUUUAUUUAUUUUAAAAUUGUAUGAGUAAUUUUUGUUAAUUUUUGAAAACAAAGCAUGAAGUUAGCAAAAACUUGGCAGAACCCCAGCCCAUGGCUAAAUCAUUGUGUAGGAUGAGAACACACACAAA